AUGACAGCAGUCGAAGAGGUCUUCGUCGUUACCUCUUCCGGGUCGGGCCACCUCUUCCCAUGCAUAGAGCUCUGCAAACACAUCUCCUCCCGCAACUACAAAACCACCCUCAUCCUCUCCUCCGCCGUACCCUCCUCCUUCCACCCGCUCCUCUCCACUUUCGAGAUCCACCACUCCUCCGCCGGCGACCACCCCACGCAACCCCAAACUGGUCUGGACCUCGAGACCCACCUCGCAACCCGGUCCAAUGAUAAGGACUCGAUCCGCCCACUGUGCGCCAUAAUUGAUUUCCAAAUGGGUUGGACCAAACACAUCUUCUGGAAGUUUAAUGUUCCGGUGAUAAGCUUCUUCACUUUCGGCGCGUGCGCAGCUGCCAUGGAAUGGGGCGCGUGGAAAUGCGAAGCCAGUAAUAUGGUCUCCGGUGAGGUCCGUACCAUUCCCGGCUUGCCGGAGGAAAUGGUUGUGACUUACUCUGACUGCAAACGCCGGCCCAAAAGGCCCUCAGGCACCGGAGGUGGUGGUGGUGGUCCACCUAAGCCAGGUGAUAAGCCGCCUUGGGUCCCAUUAGUUGAGGGCUCCGUUGGAUUGUUGUUUAACACGUGUGAUGAUCUUGAGCGUCCAUUUAUCAACUACCUGACCAAUGAGUUGGGAAUGCCGGUGUGCGGUGUGGGUCCACUAUUGCCUGAACAGUACUGGCAAUCGCACGAUUUGUUGAUUCAUGAUCGACUGAUUCGGCAGUCGAAGAACCACAGUAACUGCAGUGAGGACGAGGUCAUCCAAUGGUUGGAUUCCAAGCCACGUGGUUCUGCCAUUUACGUGGCAUUCGGGAGCCAGCUGGGUCCCACUAUGGAGGAGUACCCACAGUUGGCCGGUGCUUUGGAAGAUUCGAUAAGACCAUUCAUUUGGGUCAUCCAAUCCGGGUCGGGUUUACCUAAUCCAAAUGAGUCGGAUCAAGGGUACGUCCCUCAUGGCUUGCAAGCCAAAGUUGGAGACAGAGGGUUGAUAAUAAGGGGAUGGGCACCACAACUAUUGAUACUGAGCCACCCAUCCACCGGUGGAUUUUUAUCGCAUUGUGGGUGGAAUUCAACGGUGGAGGCGAUCGGCCAGGGAGUGCCGUUUCUAGCAUGGCCCAUUAGGGGUGACCAGAUUUAUAAUGCUAAGCUAGUGGUAAACUAUCUGAAAGUUGGGUACAUGACACUUCAUGGAGACACAUUAGAAAUGGUUAAAAGGGAAGACAUAGGGCAGGGCAUAGAGAAGCUCAUGUGUGACGAAGAGGUUCAUAAAGGAGCUGCAGAACUUCGGAUUAAACUUGGUAGGAGCUUUCCACCAAGUUCGGAAGCCUCUUUGGAUGUUUUUAGAGAUUUCAUCAUACAGAAAACAAUUUAAUCUUGUGUAUUGUUAGGCUUAUACUGCCGUCUUUGAUAGAG